CCCCGCGGCCGCCCCGCGGCGGGGCGCGGAGGUGCUGGUGGGCGCGGCCGGCGGGGAGAGCAGCGGUAUUGCUGAAAUCCUAAUGAACCGACCCCACGCAAGAAAUUCAUUGGGAAAAGUAUUUGUAAAUGAACUGUUCAGUGCUUUGGAACAACUCCGCUUUGAUGAGAAGGUUCGUGUGGUGGUGUUCAAGAGUGAAGUGAAAGGUGUAUUUUGUGCUGGUGCAGACUUAAAGGAACGUGCAAAGAUGGAUGAUGCAGAAGUUGGACACUUUGUUAAAAGGCUGAGAAAUCUCAUGGAUGAAAUAGCUGCCCUGCCUGUACCCACAAUUGCUGCAAUAGAUGGCUAUGCAUUGGGUGGUGGACUAGAACUGGCGUUAGCUUGUGACCUUCGAGUAGCAGCUUCAUCAGCUAAAAUGGGCCUCAUUGAGACCACAAGAGGGCUUCUUCCUGGAGCAGGUGGAACCCAGCGCCUGCCUAGAUGUGUUGGAAUAGGUCUUGCAAAGGAACUCAUUUUCACUGGUAGACAGAUUGAUGGACAACAAGCCUUCUCAAUGGGAUUAGUAAAUCACACAGUGCCACAGAACAAUGAGGGAGAUGCAGCUUACCAGAGAGCAUUAGCUUUGGCUAAAGAAAUCCUUCCUCAGGCUCCGUUUGCUGUGAAAAUGGGAAAACUGGCAAUAAACAGAGGAAUGGAGGUUGACAUUGCGUCAGGGAUGGUUAUUGAGGGGAUAUGUUAUGCCCAGAAUAUUCCCACAAGAGACCGUCAGGAAGGGAUGGCUGCCUUCAGGGAGAAACGACCACCUCAGUUUAUCGGCAAAUAACGCUUCCUAGCUUCCCCUUGAUUUUUUGAAGGUAAAGGAGGACUGGAGGACCCACGGAUUUCUUGGGAUAA